AUGGAUGAUGAUCCUAUACAUGAUGCACCAAUUAUGGAUGAUAUUGCUAUGGAUAAUGACCCUACUGGUGAUGUUGCUAACAUUGUUGAUGAAGAUAUCCUUACUCAGCUAUUUCCGAGAGGGCCAACUGAUCCAUCAACCCUUAAAAGUUUUAAAAGUCAUGUUGCCGCAGCUAUUUGGAAUGGUGCUAAUGAAAGGGUGCCCUUGAAGUGUCAUAAUCACUCGUCUAAGAUUCAUUCGUGGAUAUGGUGGGAACAAGGAAUCAACGCUACAUUUGUAAACAUUGUGGAGAUAUCAGGACUUGCACACUUAGCUCGUUGCGUGUACCGCUUCGUCAACAAAAUUGUAGUGUCUAGUUUUGUUGAGAGCUGGCAACUGGACACAAACACUUUCUAUUUGACUGUUGGAGAGAUGACUAUCACAUUGGAUAAUGUUGCCACUAUCCUAGGGCUUCCCAUUGUAGGCAAAUCUAUUAGUGUGCAUAAGUUGUCAGAAAGACGGACCAUUGCACUAGUAAUUAAUACCUUGGACAUUUAUUAG